AUGGCUGGUAGCAAGGCAAGAGCGAUCUUUCGUCAGGUAAACAUAUGGUCAUUUUAAAAAGAUUGGGUGAGAUAACAAGACGUGCCAUGGCUUUUAAAUGACUUAUUCUUCGCUGGUUAAUCAAUAUAAUCUCGAUUGCUGACUAGCGAGGAUCGUGUGAAAUGUCACGCUCUUUCGAAGAGUCGACAAUUUAGCAAGUUUACGUGUUUUUCUGAUAUAAGUUUAGGCUUAAUAAUUAUUUCUUCAUUUAACUUUGAAUCUGAUUCUUUUGUGACAUAUGAACAAGUAAACAGAUAAAACCAAACCUGGGGGUGUGUACGUGGGAUGUUCUUUGUUUUGAAAAAAUUUUGUGGUUUUCAACCAACCAAAUCGAACACAAAGGGCCCUGUGGGCAAAUCUAAGCGUAUAUAAUUCAAGAAGAUAAGUUUUUUUUAUGGGACUUUGAGCGGAAGCUGAUCAGAAUACAGAACUCAUAUUGUUCUUAUAGAUACCUUUGGACGUCAAAAAUCUGAAGGCUGUCUCUUUAACAGUACUCACUACCAUCAACCACCCCUCCCCCACCUAAACACAAAUCAGCCCAGCCCCAUGGACUCAAGACAUUGUAUGAAAAUCUUACAUGCUGUACAAAUUGCCAUGAUUCGCUUUGUGGGUGAGAUGGGCGGAACUCCAUAGGACAGCAUGGAAAAGCUCAAAAUUCAAUUUUAUCCAGGAGAUUUAUGCCAUAUUUGGGAGCCUCCUGGAUGGGACAGGUGGCCUUUAUGUUUCUGUCACUUACCCACUUUUAAUACAGUUAAAAUUAUAUAUAUGUUGUGGUUCAAUAAAUUUUAUUUUAUCUGUGGCUUAAAAUUCUAUUUCCUUUUGUACAUAGUAACCCAAAAACAAAGGAAAAUAAAAUUUAAACCAGGGAUAAAAUUGGACGACAACAGAGAGAUUUACCCAAGGCUAAAAGUGAACCUCCCAUAAAUAAAAGAAAAGAAAUCCAGUUGGAGUAGAGCCUGCCAUCACUUGAAAACUAGUAACUUGUCAGUGGAUGACUCAAAAAAAAAACCUGACCUCGAUGGGUCUAUACCUGAGCCUGCGAUAUGGUCUUGUGAUACUUGUCAGUGGAAACCUUGUUUUGACAGCUGUCAAUUGGCCACAACAUGGAUGUGCAAUAUCAGGUUGCAGGCUACCACACUAUAUAGCUAGGAAGCCUGAGAUUUCACAUUGGUUUCCCUGUAGUGCAGGCAGGAUGGUUGGAUGGACAGUCAUGUGACCACCAAAAUUUCUUGGAUGGAUGGAUAACAAAAUUUUGUUAGCUGGGGGACUCUUCUUGCACGCACUUUGUGCACACAUGGAGCUCCGCUAUUAUUAUUAUUUCUACUUGACAGUUUAAUUCAUAGAGAUAUAAGGCAGACAAGUGUUUAUUUGGCAAUGUUCUUUUUUUAGCUAUUUGACUUAGAGUCCUACACCUACACAUAUUUACUGGGAUGCCCCAAGACAAGAGCUGCUGUUAUUAUUGACCCAGUUGAUACUCAGGUUGGUACAUUAUACAUUCAUGAUCAUCCCCCUUAGAAAUGUCCUAAUUCUGAUGAAAAUAAACGACGGGCAUAUUUUCUUUGAGGGCUCAGUAAAAGGUUAUUGUGAAUUUAAAUCUUAACAGCCAUUAAUGAACCAGAAUUAGCAGAAACCCUGAACCUUUUUUGUGGAAAAAAGGUUAGAGCAGGGUUUAACUACAACUCUGAGUAUGGUGAAUUUCUUUAUUUCUAUAUGCUGUGUGGCACAAAAUUUUUGCAGGUUCAUAUUUUUAUGAGGACAAUGGUUUGAACAGAGUUGACCACAACUUGAGUAUAGUUUAUCGACCUUUGUUUCCAUGUAUUUUUUUCAGAAAAGAAAAAGGAUUGAGACUCUGCUAUUUGCAAGGAAAGAGACCAUUUAGCCAAGCAGCAAUUCAUUGAUAGAAUAUUUCUUUUGCAUGAUUCCUCCAAACUACCAAAAAAUGUUAAAAAUGUAAUACAUGAUUUAUGACUGUUUGGUGAUUUCUUGGUUUUGACAGGCUGAGAGGGAUGUACGCAUACUCAAAGAGUUGGACCUCAAACUGAUAUAUGCAAGUAUGUAGUUAUCAGUAGGAUCUGAAUCUGAAUUUAAGGCCAAGUGUUUCCUGGAUGUACUGUUUAUUUUUAAUUGAUUGAUUGUCAACUUAAUUUAAUAUUAGUGAAAAUAACUUCAAUUUGUGUCUUACAAUUUCAGUGACGUGGUACCAGUAAACAGCAUAAAACUGAUCAACAGAAAUUUGUUUGUUCCCCACAGUGAACACACAUGUUCAUGCUGAUCAUGUAACUGGUACAGGAAUUCUUAAGAGUCUCACAGGCUGCAAAAGUGUUAUCUCUAAGCUGAGUGGUGCUAAAGCUGAUGUGUUUGUACAUGAAGGAGAUACAGUUGACUUUGGAGAUCAGGUUUGCUAAAAAGACAUUGAUAAAAGUGCUAUUUAUAAGCAGUGCUGUCAACUCUCCCGGAUAAUCCAGUUUACAUCAUGAUGUCACCUGAUUAUUUAUAAAUAUUUUGUCCAAUUCAAGAAUUUUGUGCAAUUGAAUUCUAUCAACAACUUCUUUCUCACCUUUCUCUUCUUGACUUCACCAACAUAACCAUAGUUAAAAAAAUUAAUACAGGUGGUGUAUUUUAGUAAAUUGUAAAAACUUCUUUUAUAGGCUCUUGAUGUACGUUCAACUCCAGGACAUACAGAUGGCAAGUUUUACAAAUAAAGUUUUUUUUUAAAUCAUGCAGUGUUGAUACCCUGAGGUUCAGUGUGCAUAUUGCAGUUGUACCAUUUCUGUUAAAACAUAAGUUUGAGUAAUUAAGACAAACCUGAUUUUAAAAACAAGGGGUGGCGAAUGGUACCUCAAAAAACAUGGGUCUCGGAAAAUUUUGGCAGGAUCUCGAAAUCUCAGAAGCGUUUUUGACAAGUCUCGAAGUCUCGUUUUUGCAUGGUUUGUUUUUACUUUUUUUGAGUCUCGAAACUUUUUACCAAAGAGUCUCAGGCUCGGAUUUCUAACUAGGAUCUCAGCGUCUCAGCGAGUCUCGGAUUUUACCAUUCACCACCCUUAAAACACCUUCUCUUAACCUCAAAGUGUAAGUUGAUCUUCUGUACGAUGUACAAUGUAACAUGUUUGCUCAGUUGUUGGUUCUCACACACAUUGUGGUGGGUUUUAGGAUGUCUAACGUACGUGGAUCAUAUCAACAGAGCAGCUUUCACUGGAGAUGCUCUUCUAAUAAGAGCAUGUGGGCGAACAGACUUUCAACAGGGUGAGAGAAAAACUGUUUUGUCUAGUUGCAGUAAAAUAUACUAAUCCGCAGUUGAGUAGGGAACAAUUGUUUUGAAUCUCUUUGGGUGAGGCAAUUACUUCAUAAACUUACAUGAAUUUGCCAAGGCAUUUUUUUUUCACUCUCCCACAACAUGCACAGACCAAAGAAGUGAACCUCUUUACACCAUGCAAUACCCAUGAAAGUUUGGCUGAAAUUCCCCUGUGGGCGGGAGGGGUACUCCCCUACAAAAGUCAAGAGGGUGCUCGUCAGAAAAUUUCGAGAACACCCCUAAAAGGUACCAGAAUCUUGUCUCAUGGGCGUGUCCCAAGUUCAUUUCCACCCCUAUAAAGAGGAACCAAUUCAACAACAAAAAAUUAUAAAACUCACACUGCAAAAUUUUAAUAGUAGUAAGGAUAACUUUCAAACUUUUUGAAAGUAUUGUCAUAAAUCUUUAUCUGGCAGCAGUCAUUUCAGGUAUUAGCACCAUAGGCGGUACCAGUCCACAAAUUUAAACCCCUAAAAGGUACGACGAGCACACCCAUCAGUUUACUAGGGGAGUACCCCCCUGGGGAUAUCCCAUGGGAGAGGUUGGCUGGACUUACAUACAAAAGGUAAAUUUUACCAGUAUCUCAAAACUAUUAAAUGUUUCUAUUGAACAGACAAAGUGGUCAGCUGCGAGAGUGGUUUAAUUCACUGCAUUGGUGAACUGUGUAGUCAUCAAUGCAACUCGUUAGUAACAAGAUUUCUGAUUAGAGGAUUAAACUGUACUGUAUCAGUCACACUUUUUGAUUAGUAAACUGAGUCAAAAGACAAACUGUAGUCAUCAAUGCAUGCAACUCCAUAGAAACGAGAUUACUUAUUAAUGGAUUAAACUGUACUGUACUGUACUGACUUACCAGUCACACUUGUUGACUAGCAAGCCAUGUUAAAGGACAAUUCCUGCCACUUGUGGCUUCAUCUGCUAUAAUAUGAAGGAUAAUGGGGGGAAAAAGUGCCCUUGACUAUCUUUUUUUCUCGUUGAGUAGCCCACAAUUUUAUCUGACUGUUUAAAAAUUAAUCAAAAGGAAGCUGUAACUACUUUUACACUGAUACAUGUAAUAUGCAUUUGUGGUUGUUUGAGUUUUGUCUCUAUUUUCACAAAUAGCCAACCAUUAGUAAAAAAUGUGAUUUUUGCUUAAAAGAUUAAGACUGAAUGAGUUAAGUUUUUUAACAAUUGUCUUAAAUCGACCCAUUUUUGACUAAUUAGCUGGUUAGCCACCACCUUCUCAGAAGUGGCUCACAUACCCUUUCUCUUCUUACUGUCCAGUCUCUUUGCUAAAGUGUCGUUGUUUUGCUUUUUCUAGGAAGCCCUGUAAAGCUAUAUGAUUCAGUAACAAGCAAAAUCUUAUCACUUCCUGAGGACUACUUGCUGUAUCCAGCCCAUGACUACCAUGGUUAGUACAAUGAAAAAUCUUCAUUCUUUCUUCAUUCAAUGUUCAGUGAAAUUAUAACUUAGAGUGAUCACUUAGAAUGAUAACAGAAUUUAUUUUCGGGUGUAGUUUUGCCUUUAGUUUAACUCAAAUGAAUUCGAACAUUGCAUGUGCAUGAAUCUGCUAAACAUUCCUCAGUCAAGGUACCAAGGAUAGAUCGUCCCACUUUUUGCCUGUUUGAGUUGUUGUUUUGGCCACGCCACUGAGAACCACAACUCAAACAGGCAGGUUAACUGUUAUUUAGUUUGCUUAAAAUCUUCUAUCCAUGUGUCAGGUAUGACUGUGAGCACUGUUGCUGAGGAGUUGAGACACAAUCCACGUUUAACCAAAUCAAAAGAAGAAUUUGUUGAAAUCAUGAAAAGUCUUGGAUUAACAAAACCAAAAAAAAUGGGUAAGACACUUUGUGGCUGAACUAUAGUUUACCGGAUAUUAGACCUUUGUCUGUCAAUUUUUUGACAUGUGACAGUCAAUUCAAGAAACGUGAACUCGUACACAAGACGUAGGCCGGUUUCGUUUUGCUAAAGCUUACUGUUGUUUUUUUAUGGACUUUUAGUACAAUUAAUUCUUAUUAGUGAUUAACAUUACUGCAACAGCCGGACUGAAUGCGUCAGUUGGCAUAGCAAUUGUAUGAAUUGUAUCAAAAAAAGAGUGCUCAGAUAACUUCGAGUUUGGUUACCUUCUGGUCAAUGCAGUAGUAGCUGAAACGUGAACUCGGUAUCUCAAAAUGGUGUUGGCGCAAACCCAAGAUUAACAUUACUUUUUUUAUCUGUUAGUUAAAAGAAACCAUGUCUCUAGAGAAACAACUCAAUAAAAUGUUUCAUUUAGUAAGCUCCAUUUGCGAAUUUCUAGACAAGGAAAUUUUGGUUAAAAUUGGUUUAACCCUGGGUUAAAGUUAACCCUUCUACUCUUAAGAGUGGCCAGCGUAAAAAAAACAGUUUGUUUAGGAGUGAAAGGGCGUUUUGACUGUGGUGCAUUGUAUUCACAGAUGAAGCUGUUCCGUUAAAUAUCAUGUGUGGCCCAUCUCAGCUUGGCGAGUCACAGCAGAGGAUGGAUCAGUGAGCUGAGGAGAUGGUACAUGGUGAUGAAGUCAUUUCCCGGAAUAAGAGCAGAAUGCUAACAAUCGAAAACACCAAGAUGUUAUAAAUGGACUUUGUAAUAAAAGGUCCAUAAAAAAUAUAAUGUGCAAAGACAACAAAAAUAGAUGUAUUCUUAGAUAGUAAGGAUCCACAUUAAAUGCAGCUGGGAAAGCGCGAGAUGUCUGUUUGUCGACGUGGAUUUUCCCAAUUAUUGCUUGUUUAAGCAGCAAAUAAACUCACUCCAGAGGUUGAAUUUAAAGGCUUAUUUUGUGGAAAUGAUUGUACCAUCGCGCAAGCUUUUUUUUAUUUUAUAUAGUCUAAUAUGCAAGUAAAUGCACAUUUUUACAUGGAAGAAAAUUCCUGUAAUUUGAAGGAAUUACCGAUGCU